AUGUCUUCCUUCAACUUCUCUGAUAAUCUUCUUUUUCUAUGCAUGUUUUGCUACUUUACCCUCAUCCAAAAAGUUCUCUCCCAUUUACCUCUCGGCCAUAACUGCCCAAACACAACUACUUACACUACGAACAGCUCAUACGCAGCCAACCUGAACUCUCUCCUCUCCAAUCUCACUUCUAACGCCACCGGCGACACCGGGUUUUACAACUUCACUUCCGGUCGAAACCCACCUGACAUAGCCUACGGCCUCUUCCUCUGCCGCGGAGAGGUCACUGUAGAUGAUUGUCGAGAGUGUGUGGCGGGUGCUAGUACCGAAAUUCUCGGGACAUGCCCAAUCGAGAGGCGAUCAACGAUUUGGUACGACAACUGUUUGAUGCGUUACUCCAACGAAUCUAUCUUCUCCAUUCCGGAUAUGUCAGUGGUUUUAAUUUUAAGUAAUCCUCAGAAUGUUACAAAUCAAGAAAUGUUUAAUAAGACGUUGUGGACUUUGAUGGGUGACAUAGCCACUCAAGCUUCGAAUGAUCAAUCGGGGAAGAAGUUUGCGACCGGAGAAGCCAACUUUACUGCACAGCAACAAAAUAUUUUGGACUUGGGCAAUGCACACCUGAUCUGA